GGGAGGAGGAGAAGCGGAGGAUGCAGAGAGAAAAGGAGGAGGAGAGGGCGAGAUUCCUCCUCAGUCACCCGGACUCGUACGUGGUGAAGAGAGAGAUGGAGCAGGGCCUGGACGGGAUGGACAGCUCUCAGGAGGCCUCGGGCUUCUUCACGGAGGACAGUGAGGACAAGCGUCUGUCGUCAACCAGACUGUGGGAGGAGACAGCCGAGGGGAACGACACACGGCCAGGAUCAGAGGCCCCGGUUGAGUACCACCCUCACUUACUCCAGACCUCCACACCAGACUUCCAGGAGGCCAGACAGCCCAACCUCACCUCUCUGCUUCCUGAGCUGGAUCCUGGCCUGGAGGCCGGGCUGGAGGCUGGCCUGGAGGCCCUGGAGAGGGAGCUGUGGGAGCGGGAGGAGGGCCAGGCCAGUGGCCUGCCCGUGGUGCCUCAUCCUAGGGAUGACCUCUCCACCACCACCCCUCCAACCACCUCUGCUGCAGUAGCUGGCUUGCCGAGUUCAACCCCCUCUGAUCUCACUGGCCUGUGGCUGCUCCAGGGGCGGGAUGAGGAGGAAGAGGAGGAGCAGGCAGAGAAGGAGGAGCAGAACGAGGAGGAGAGGAGGCCGGAUCUAAUAUACCUGGACCCUGUCCUUACCCAGAAUCCUACUGUGCCUGAGGUUGGAGCCCCGCCCAGCAGAGAGCCUCUUCAGCCCGGCCACGCUCGCACACACGGAUUGGUUGGCGAAGAGGAGGAAGGGGAGGAGUCGGAGGAGGAGGCCGACAGGAGACGGAGUGACUGGGAGAAGGCAGGAGGCCACACCCCCCUGACCACAGUCCCCUCCUCCUCUCUGGCAGCAACCGUGGGCUUCAACCAGGUGUCCUGGGAUAGGCUGGAUGAAGCCACGCCCCCUCGGGGUGGCAGUUCUGAGGUCAGAGGCAGAACCACAGAGCUGCUCUCGGAGGCGGGGCUGAUAGACACAGAGGGGGAGGAGCAGCAGGUGGUGUGUGUGGACUGGAGCGAGCUAGCUGGGCGGGGCUACGUCAUCCUCAACACCACUGAGAACCUGGACUGUGAUGAGUUCCGUGAGGAGAGUGGGCCCAGGCUGCUGGAGCUGGUGGAAACAGUGUUCUCCAGGAGGAUGAACAGCCCCCAGGGCUCCUGGCAGGUCUCCCUCAGCAAGACCCCCAGACAUGACCACCAGCUGCUCAUGACCCUGGCCACCCAACACGGUGUGAUCGCCACCAAGGAUGUGCUGUCUAUGCUGGGAGAGAUCAGGAAAGGGCUGCUUGAGGUUGGCAUCCAGAACUACUCUGCUGCCAGUACGUGCCACUCCCGGCCCAGCCAGACGCGGUCGGACUACGGCAAGCUGUUCGUGGUUCUGGUCAUCAUCGGGUCGGUGUGCAUGGUCAUCAUCACCACCGGACUCAUCUACAUCUGCUGGCAGAGGCAGCUGCCCAAGACCAAGACCAUGUCCCGAGGCGAGGAGCUACACUUUGUGGAGAACGGCUGCCAUGACAACCCCACCCUGGACGUGAUGAACGACAGCCAACCAGAGAUGCAGGAGAAGAAGCCCAGCACCAAUGGGAUGGCAGGUGGAGGGGCGGGAGGCGGGGAGGAGAGUAACCGCUGGCAGGUGUUGGUCAACCAGUCGGAGAGAGAAGCGGAAGAGGAUGACAUGGAGGAAGAUACCCAUCUCUGAAGGAGGAGAAGAACAGAGGAAGGGAGAGAGGGAGCGGGUUUCUUUACCCAUCUCUCUCUCUC